AUGGAUUCGAUCGAGUCUCCCUCGCGUCGGACUCCGACCGGUCGUCGACGCGGUCGCCCGCCCGGCACAUCGAGUGCGCUUCGAGCCGCUCGCUCAGACUCGUUGGGCGCAUUUGGCGUACUGGCCGCCUCGGAACCUCCUCUUAAGAAGCGUCGUUAUGUUCCCGGGGGCGCAGGCGGCGGCGGGCGGUGGUGCGAUACAAGCGACCAAGAAACCCCUCUGCCCAACGGCGCGGCGACUGUCACGCGCACGCGCGUCCGCAGCACGGUCAACAUCAGUACGCCCAGCGCACUCCCGCCACGUGAGCGCAGCACGCGCACUCGGAAUCCUGUUUCGAACAACGAGCCGUUUGGCUUUGCCGCCGCAGUCGCUGCUUCAGUGCAUCAGGCCGACGACUACAAGCCCCGCGAAGAGCGUAGCUGGGAGGAAUUCCAUCCGAAUCUCGAUAUAGACCAGUGUUUCAAGGUCUUUCGGUCAGAGGAGGUUGACGGUACAGCUCAAGAGCGCCCAAGCACACCUGUGCUCGGGCCACCGUUGGAGACUUCUGAGGUGGGCUCUGAGACGCCGUCGCGGCACAUCAACCCCGCCUCGACAGGCAAUACACCUGCUGCCUCGACCAAACACGACACGAACCCAUUCGACGCGCUGAAUGGCACACCGACGAGGCGCUCGCGACGACCGACGAGGGACGUAAUCAGCUUCUACGGUACCCGCCCGGCUGAGCUCCCCGUACCCGCAACACCAAAGAAACCGCAAGUGCUGCCGAUCAAGAAUCAGACUGCGAAAGAGAAACUCGACCUCAAGCAACCUUCGUACCGGCGAACCAAUCGUAUAGAAAUCUUUGAGAGCAAGACUUUUGGGCAAGCUCGGUAUGUCGACAAAGCCAUGAGUAAUGUUGGAUAUCAAGAAAGCGACCACUUUGCGCGGCCCGAUCGACAACUCAUCAAGGCCGGCAAUGCAGGCGCAGAAGAGGAUCCAGAACAGUCGUCCUCACCCACUGCUGACGACGGUUCACACUUGUCUAAGUUCUUCCGCGUAGAGUACGACAUGGAUGAGCAAGAUGACAUGUGGCUGGACUAUUACAAUGCCCAGAGAAAACAAAGCCAACUCGAACCUGUGACACGCGAAAUCUUUGAGAUCACAAUGACAAAGAUCGAAAAAGAAUGGCAUGGCCUGGAGAAACGAAUACCGAAGCCAAACCCAAAGCCCCCUCAAACUCACCGUCCACGUUCGAGCUCAGCCGCCGCCGUGAAUGGCGAGCAUCAACCCGGCGAGGAACCUGAUAUCAAAUGCGUCAUCUGCGACGAUGGCGACUGCGAAAACACAAACGCCAUUGUGUUUUGCGACGGCUGUAACUUGGCCGUUCACCAAGAGUGCUAUGGUGUCCCAUUUAUUCCCGAAGGACAGUGGCUGUGCCGGAAAUGUGUCGCCUGUGGUAGAGGUGUCCCGACUUGUAUAUUCUGCCCGAACACAGAUGGCGCAUUCAAGCAAACUGCUGCCAAUCAAUGGUCCCAUCUCCUGUGUGCCAUGUGGAUACCCGAAGUGUCCUUGGCCAACCACACAUUUAUGGAACCUGUCCAGGACGUGGAAAAGGUCCCAAAGACACGAUGGAAGUUGAACUGCUUCAUCUGCAACCAGAGGAUGGGGGCGUGCAUUCAGUGCAGUAACAAGAAUUGCUACCAGGCGUUUCAUGUUACGUGUGCUCGGCGCGCUCGCUUCUAUCUCAAGAUGAAGACUCCCACAGGCCAGCUGGCCGUGCUUGACGGAAACAUGGUCCUGAAGGCAUACUGCAACAAACACGGUCCUCCUGACUACACGGCCGAGCAACGUGUAGCCGAGGCGACAAAGGCAGCUAAACGGUUCUACAAGAAGAACAUGAAAGGUCGUCUUUGGGCAGAUAAUUAUGCCGUCGCAAACGUCAUUGCUGCCCAGCAACGGAUCAAUGUGGACGAAACUCAGGCAGAUGGCUCAGUUAUGGGCAUUGCCGGUUCGCAUGGCGAGAAGAAGAAGAACCAACAGCCCAAGAAUGUCUGGCGUCUUCCCUCUGGAGCCCCUGUUAUCCCCCAAGCCGUCUUUGACACGGUUGAAAUUUCCUUGCAGAGAUUUUCCAUCAGGAAGCGCAAAGAGUUCCUUGCCGAAGCCUGUCGUUACUGGACCCUGAAGCGCGAGUCCCGCAAGGGAGCCGCCUUGCUGAAGCGCCUGCAGCUACAGAUGGACUCUUUCUCCUCCAUGGAGCUCACCCGCAGGGACUUUGCAGCCAUGGGCCCAGAUGGCAAAGAGCGACUGGCGAGGCGGAUACAGUUUGCCGAGAUGCUUAUCCAGGAUAUGGAGCGCCUGAAGACGUUGACAAAUGACACUGUGCUGCGCGAGCAAGAGAAGUUGUCUGCUGCGGAAGUGGAACAAGAGUUUGUCGAUGAGUGCUACUUUCCGGUCACAAAACACCUACUAGCGGCUAUUGAUAAGGCUAUAUCGCUUGACAGGGAAUUGUUUGAGGAGGGUCUGCGAAAUAUAGAGCGCCGGACGAGAGAGCGACAUUAUACAAAGGCCAUGGUUUUCGCGCAUGACCUUGGCAAUGUCAUCCGCACCGGCAUUGCCACUGCGCACGAGGGCGCAGGCACAGAAUCUUUGGAUGAGCCUUCGCCAAAGCACACACUUGCCGACAUCCGCGAGCGACGGAAGCUCGGGAAGCGCAUCCUGAAGGCGGCGCAGCCGCAUCUCGAAAGCGCGCUUCGUCUCGAGUCCACUAUCGUUGACGGCAAACCUUUCAAGAUUCUACAGCAAGAGCUGGCAAGUCGCAUCGAGCAUAGUCUCAAUGUGCAGGAACAGAUCAUUCUCCGCAGUCGGGAGGGUACUCAAGCUUUGGGGCAUGCGGUCGCUUCAGCCGAGGAGGCGAUCGAAGCAAGCGACAUUGCGAUGGGAGAGGGUACAAGCCCGAUCGCCGAGGAAGCUGACGCUCCCGGAGAGCCUGUCGAGGGCACGGCCGAGUCUGAUGACGUCCAAAUGGCAGAUGCGGCCGACACGACAACCCAGCUUCCUGACGGCGAAAUCACGUCGGAAACACCUCCCAACAGCGACAACAAUGGGUUCAGUAUCAAUACCAAGCCGGGGGUCGCCCAGGCUGGCCCUCCAACACCGCCUCAGUCUAAUGGCAGCCUGGGGAAAGUCAUUGAUCCCCUCACUGACGGCGGCGUACCGUGGUACUUCAAACCUUUUGAUCCUGUUGGGACCACUGUUUGUGUGGAGGACGAGGUAGCGGAGCAGAGCGAUGUGGACAUGCAAAGCGAAGAGCUCACAGACAUGGACGACGAAGAGCUUAAGGCGCUUGGGGCGGAAGUCACUGAGGGUCUCGAAUCGGCCAUUGGGGAUAAGGGCGUCCCGGUUGCCGCGGUCGCGUCUAGGAGCAAGGCCCGAAGAGCGGCGCCGGCGGUCGCGAGUACUCGGAGAACGUCGGCCAGAAGACGUUAG